GAAAAGCACAUCAUUCGUAUUCGCAUUCGAUUCGUUGCAAGCCAAAGUGUUGCAUGUAGUUCCGUUGAUUUACCGGCUGCUUGGAGAGAUACCAAAGGAAAAAAAUGACAAUUGACAACUUGAAACGUUUGCAUAUUUUAAACAAUCACCUCACCUAUUGAACAUCUACGAAGGACUACAAGUGUUGUGGGUGUUUCACACAACGUUACAUUUCUACUAAUCACACAUUUGACGGCUCACACAACACAGCUGACUUUAUGACCAAAUCAAAGACCUAAAAUCUCUGGACCAAAUUCUGGAGUGAAGUUUCAGUUAUCAAUUUCAGAAGUCUAUAAAAUUAGCUCUUGCCACACGCUUCCCAAAUCAGUUGGAGUCCUUAACACAUUGAAUUUCAUCUAUGAAACAUGAGAAAGUAUCAACAGCUAUUGUUGUUAGUUAUAUCGUGCGUAAGCGUUAUAAUCCUUUUAAUGUACAAGUCGGAAAACAAUCAUUUAAAAGGAGUCCUGCAAGUUAUCAAUUUCUUCUCGAGAAAUGAUGCGGCUAUAAUGAAGAGAAUUGAAAGCAAUUCUUCAAUGUAUUUGCGUGAUUUUACGUACCCCCUUGCGGUGUGGCAAACUAUUGGCACCAACUUUCAUUCAUAUUCGGCUUAUUGGAGAAGAAAUGAACUUGUCUCGGGAGGAGAUGCAAUGGCCAUUGUUGUGGGGCGAAAAGGCGCUGUUUUGAAUUUUAAGUGCUCAUUCAAUUUUAAAGGUAGCCCCAACAUUCAAGGCAAAUUUCGUUUUCAACGUGUCGACAAAGACGGAGAAGACGACAACUCAGAAUUUACCCGUUAUUACUUCUAUUGCAAGGUGACCAGGGAUUUUGGAACGCCAGAAACUGUAAUUUUCAUAGACUCAAGUGCACCCAAGAGUGGCGGGAAUUCUCUAAAACUUAGGAUGCUCAAACUCGUAGAUAAAGGAAUGCAAAAGCUGGCCGUUCAUCCCCUCACAAUAUGUGUCAAUCUUCAUAGCAGGGAAUUCUUCAAUAUGACUUCGUUGGAAAAACAGCCCCAGGAGCUCCUACAGUUUUUCGUUCAUCAUUAUAUAAUGGGUGUGGAAGAUUUUAUUGCUUAUAGCGGCGAUGACAUACCGUUUUCCCUACAUCCAUUCCUGUCACACUUUAAUAUAAGAGUACAUUCCAUGCCCUUCAACUUUCCAUUUUCUUCCGCUAACUCGACGGACAGGAUACGCAGUAUUAUCGAAAUGGACUGUAUUUUAAGAAAUAUCAAUAGGGCAACUCAUUCUAUUUUGCUGGAUGCAAAUGAGUUUUUCUACCCGAAUACAAAUUUGGAUGACGAGAAAUCGUUAUUGCAUUCUUUGAGAAGUUAUGAUAAUGGCGUGAACCAAUUUGAUGUAAAAACAUUUGCCAUAUGCAAAGACCAAAGGCACAAAUAUUUAAUAGAAAACACAUUGUUCGAUCCGGAACUGAAGAAUUCACAUGGCGUGUCCUUGUAUAGACCACAAGAUAAUGUACUGCCCCUAAAUGGGGAGGAGCCAUCGCGCAGCAUUACUCUGCCAGUGCUGAAAUGCCUUGUACAUCGUUAUGUUAAUUGUGUACAUGUAGGCAAAGAUGGAUUGCACGAUUGGCGAAAUACUCUGCGAGAGGAUUUCAUGCAACAUAUACAGAGACUGAAGGAAGAAAUACAGCUAUUAAUUUAGGCACUAUUAUGUAUGUUAUUAAUUAAGAUCAUUUAUUAGUCUUCCCUUAAAUUAGUUUCGAUUUUCUUAACACAGAAGGCGCGUUAUUGCUUACACUUGCAGUGACACAACUCAAACGAAAUUACCAAUGUUAUCGAAUUAGAAAUUUCUAUUAAACUUUAUAAAAAAUAAAACAAACGACAAUCUGA